AGAGCGUCAGAGGAGCAGCAAACGAACCGGCAGAGCGUCGUAGUCUUCGGACCUCAGAGGGCCGCCGAGAGGUUUGAAGAGGAAGAACCGCACCCGAGCUCAGCGCAACUUGCAUGGCUACAGCGAGCACUUCGGGCCUUGGCAGGAAGAAGAAGAACUCGGGACUCAUGGAUUCUUUUAGCAAGAUCUUUGGAGGGGACAAAAAGAAAAGGAGCAAGGGGUCAUUCCGGGGUCACCUGGCCUCAUCACCCCAGCAGUCCUCGGCCCGCCGCAGGACCAAUGAAAACGCUGUGGUCCAGUUCUUCCGCAGCAUUGUUUCCUCGCCUCGUCCUAAAUCAAAGUGGAGAGAGGUCUUUGGCUUGGCUUCGUCACCACGUGCAGAGAGCACAAAGUCACCAGUCAGACGACGCAGGGAGCAAAGCACACUGUCCAGACUCUUCAACCUGUGAUGCUCUCAUCCGAAAUCAGGAGAAACCAAGUCCCGUCCACCCCCCAAACGCUGGAGCACCAUCUUCUGAGCUCUCCUCCGAGGCCCAAAGUACAGAGUCAAAGCAGAUGGGGCAGCAUGGCGGGGGAACAACACAUCUACACACAGCUGACUCACAACCAAACAACCAUUGUGUGUUAACACACUAACACUUGAUUUUUGCAUCCACGCUCCAGGGAUGGAGAUGGUCUCGUCCGAGUCCUUAUUUAGCUGUUCAAGUCUUUAAGAAUUCUGGUCAAGCUUUGAGUAAAUAUCUCAAUGUCAAAUUCUCUGUUGAUCAUCACAGUCUGAUGGUGCUAAUGUUCCUGAAUGUUUUUCUAUCGGUCUUCUGUAGUCUUGCUUUUUGCUUGUACGAGUGACCCUUUGUGUGUCUCGCAGCUUUCUGUAAAAACAAAAACCACUCAGAGGUGUGCUUCUUGUUAAAAUGUAAGAAACAAGAAUUGUAACUGCCGCACCUCAGUUAUUAAUCAUGUACAGUACCAUCAGAAAUAAAUAGAUCGAGUGAACAUGCCCUUUUUAAUUGCACUGCCGCACACUAAUCACACCCCCACAAAUGAGUUGGCGGUAUGCAUAUGAUUAUUUUAUUAUAUUGAAAGACAUAAGGUUUUGUGUGGUUUGCGAGGAAAAAGAAAGACGGGUUCGUUGUUCCGAUGGUCCCUUUGCAAGUGGUCCAAAGGUUUUUAGGUGGAAGUAAGCGACACGUUUAUGAGCACAGUGAUCAGAAAGGAUGCGUAAUUGGGUAAAUUAGGCUUUCUUGUGAAUACUGUUAUCAUUUCCAGAUGUUCCAUGUGCUUAUGUUAAUGAGUCAUUGCCAAAGGGAAGGGCGCGUGCGGGCUUUACACUGUUGGAAAUGAACACUAAUCAAAUUUAUGAAUGUUUGCAUGUGCAACAUAACUGGAAAUAAGUCUUCUCUUUGCUGAUAUAUAUUAAUUAAAUUGUAUUAUUAUAUUAAAUGUUCUGAAGUCUUAAAUUUGUUGCUAUUAAAAAGACUUCAAGCCGUUUAUAGCCAGACCCAGUUGAAGCUUACAAUCAAACGACAUAUAAAAUAAAGAGAAAUACACGUGAAAUUAAAACAACCACAUAGCUUUGCUUUUGAGUCUGGUAUCUUAAUGCUAACACGAUUGGAAACGCCAUAGACAGGCUAAUAGUAUCGGCAUUGCAGUGUUUUAGCGGAUAUUUGAAUACAAAUGGUGGCGUAACAAAUGUAGACAGAGAAUAUAAUAUUCACAGGCAUAUAUUCUACAUGAAGCACGACUAUUACUGCGGUUUACUGAGAUGUUGAGAUCAGCUCCAUCAACAACAUAUCCGUAAGUCUUUAUUAUACUGCCCCCAGGUGGCCAAGGUGCACAAACCAGAAGCAGCACAAUGUCCACUGAAUUCAAGCAAACAAUAUGGCAAAAACUGUUUCAAAUACUGUUUGUAUUGUUUUAGUCAUUAGCCUACUGUGUGGAUCGUUAUCUUCUGUCUAGACAAAAUACUGUUGUGUUAGUGACAAAUGUUUGUAAUUUUCAUUCGUUUACAUUCCUUUUUAAUAUCUCAACAAAUUAUUUUCCACCAAAUAAAAAUGGACUUUUAAC